UUAUAGUAUAGUAUUUUUCUCCAUGAAAUUUGGUGAAAAGUCAUAAAGUAUAUAUAUUGUUCCAUUAUUUGUCUAAAAAAACAUCCUCCAUUGGCAUUAGAAGCUGAGAAGGCUGCUGUCAAAUACAGAGAGGAGAAGAGAAAAACAAAAAAACCCAAAAGCAAUUCCACAAACUUCAAAAAAAAAAAAAAGUUGUGAUUUGGUAAACAAAAAUCAAAAUUUUGCUUUCUUCGUUAGAAAUUAACAAACAAAAAAAAGACUUGGGAUUGAGAAGGUUAAGAAGUUUCAAGCUUUCUUUUUUGCUCUCUUCCAUGGCGUAAGAUGAUUCACUUGCUCAAAGUUUGUAUCUUUUUUAACAUCUGAUCAAAGGAGGGUUUGGGGUUUUGCUUUUGGAUUUUGAAGGGUUUGAUUUCUGAUUGUUAAAGUUUUAAUCUUUUUUUGUUUUAGUUGUGAAAUUUGGGUUUAGAUGGUGUGAAGGGUUUUAUAGGGUUUGUGUAUUUUGAUUAUGUGGAUGGCUACUCGAUCUAAUUCUGGGUUGGAGUCUUUGAAUUCUAUGAUGAGCCGUUACGCUUUUAAUUUCCAAACUAACAACUCUUCUGAGAUGAUUCCUAUGGGUCCUUACUUGGGGAUGAGUAUGAUCAAUGCUGCUACUUCUCCUGGAAGUUCUUCGAAUCCUCUUGAUUUAGUUUCUGGUCCCAAGCAUGAUACUUCCAUGGUUAGCGAAUGGUCAACUGAAGAACAAUACAAAUUGGAGGAUGGCCUUGAGAAGUACAAGGAUAAGCCAAAUAUCAUGAAGUAUAUUAAGAUUGCUAGUACUUUGCCUGACAAAAGCGUUCGAGAUGUGGCUUUGCGUUGUAGAUGGAUGACAAGAAAGAGAAGAAAAUCAGAAGAAUUAAAUUGUGGAAGAAGAACAAGUUCUAGCAAGGACAAGCAGGUGGAAUCGUCUUCUAAGUCGAGCAUACCCUCUGUUUUGCCCCAUAACAUGGCUUCGUACCCUUUCUCAAUGCCCUCUACAACAAUUACAUGUGAAGAUUUAAGUGGUUAUGCAAUAAAUCUCUUAGACCAGAAUGUACGAGCUUUUAGUCAAAUUAGAGCUAAUCUCUCCUCGUAUCAGGUAGAGGAUAACCUAGGUCUCUUUCGUCAGGCAAGGAACAACCUUAUGACCAUCCAAAAUGACAUGGAUAAAAUGCCUUGCUCGAUGCCAGCAUUGCCGGUCAAAAUCAGUGAUGAUCUCUCGGUGUUGUUAUUCAACUCAAUGCAAAGUGGUGGCUUCCAUUCGAAGCAGGAGCCUUUGGGGUGACAUAAGGAAAUCAUCUGGUUUCCCUUAAUUAUCUGUAAAUUAUCUUGAAGAAGCUGGAGGAGACACAAAAAAAGCUCAUCACAUGUUGCGAAGUUUGUAGAAAUGUGAUUCUUUCGUAACACCAACGAUCUUUAUUAAUGCUGCGUCGGAUGUUGAAACAUAUAAAGAGUGGACGAGUUCAAUUAGGUUCCGAACUAAAAACUCUCUUAACUAGGUUUCUAUUAGAUCAACUUUAGUUUAAUUAAUGUCUUGGAGGAUUUCUAAACGAUGUGUAUAAAAAGUAUUCUAUUGAAAAGAUAGAGAAGAGCGUGUUGAGGUUUGCA